AUAAUUCUCAAUGGAAUGCACAGCCAGAACGCUCAAUAAUAUAUGUUACGCUAGAUAAAUAAUUCUUGAUAGACCGCUAAACGCUCAUUACAUAUUGGCAUUUUUCUUUUCUCUGAUGAACUUGAUCACUGUUGAUACGAUCAAAUUGCUCCAGUUAGAAGUGCAGUGGCUAAGUAUAUACUGGAUGCAUUCACUGCCAAGUGUCACAUUCAGCUGGUCAUCGCAAUGCUUCUUUAUUAAAAGAUUGCUCUCAUUACUAAAAUUACAUUGGCCAAGUAGAAUUACUGUUGGCCAUCCACUACUUUUUUUUAUAAGCUUGCUCUCAUUGCUAUUACGGUGGCCCAGACCAGAAUCGCCUUGGCCACAUAAAUUUGUCCUUUGCAUGACUGUAAGCUAUAAGUUUAUUUUCAUUGAGAUAUAUAUCUGUAUCACAUAUCAAGGUGGGGUAGCUUGAAGACAAUACAUCAUAUAUAAGAUCCUUCAGCCCGCGUAUAAGUGCUCGAGCCCUUCACAUUAACAAAGCGGGCUGAAUACUACUAAAAUGCCGGAAAUUUUUCAGUCCGAUUGGUCUCGAUUUUUCAGCCCGCGUAC